UCUUUUUGGUCCAUCAAAAACAAAUUUGUUAUUAAAGGUAUGAAAAUGUUUCUUAUCUAAAUAGCAUUAGUGUGGUUAAAUCAAAACAAUCAUAUUCAUCAUUUUGAAACGUUGUGAAACGAAACGCUGUUGAAACGAAACAAAAACUACCACAUUUUUUUGAAUAAAAUCAGAGUUGCCAAGACUGCCCGGCAUUUUUGGUCAACCCGGGUGAACAAUAUCGUAUGAGCAGGAUUUUUUCGGAUUCCCAACAGCAAACCAAAGCCAACUUAAUAUGUGUUUCUUCUGAUUUUUCAUUUCAUUAUUGUGCCACAGGCUUUUAUAAACUGCAAUCGAUUCAUGAAAUUUCUAGUAACUUGUUAUAAGAAAUUAAAACUACCUGCCUUAUUCCACGCAGACCACCAUUAGUCUUCUAAACCACCUCAGUGCUGACCAAACGAAAUGUCGACACCGUCUACAGAUGGCCAGGGCAACCGAGUUGAUCAAAUUGAGUGCCCAAGUUGUUGUUCUAAAAUGUCGGGCAUUAUGCCGGUGCUUCCGUGCGGACACUGCAUCUGUCGAAAGUGUGCUUUUUCGAUAGAAAGCAAAACGGUCCAGAAAUGUCCUCUUCAUGAUUGUCGUAGCAAUAAAACAAGUUUUACAGAGCGGAUUAAAGUGGAUUUACUGCCCACAAGGCACUGUGGUGCAAAUAUUGGCAAUAGCAGUACGUCACCUCCGCCAUACGCAGAUCAGCCCAGUACAUCCUCGGUGACAUGUUGCGAACUACAUACAACUGAACCUUUGAAAUAUCACUGCAACCAAAGCUCACAAACGACCUUUGCAUUAUAUGUGGUUCGAGUAAAGACGAGUGACAUUAUCAUGGCUGGCACGGAUGCCAAUGUGUUUGUGGUGUUGUUCGGCGAAAACGGGGUCAGUGACCAGUUCCAAUUGAGUGACAGCAAAACUCACCUGAACAAGUUCGAGAGAAACAAUGUUGACGAGUUCCACUUGCCAUUCAUGCCAUCCCUCGGAAAUUUGUACAAGCUUCGAAUCACACACGACAAUAAAUGGCCGAGUGCUUCGUGGCACCUGGAAAGUGUAGAAGUGGAGGAGAAAGGAAACCCAGAAAAAAAGUGGAAGUUCUUCUGCAAUCAGUGGCUGUCCACCACCAAAGGCGACAAGACCACAUCCAGGGACCUCCUCUGUGGCACAAUCGGUCCUGAGAAUUUGAACCCGCGCUCAAGUUUCUUGGGUCGCUUAUUCAAGAAACAGUUCACUCCGAUGCAAAACUCAGUGACGAUGAGUAAAUCUAGCCUUUUCAGGCCCGGAAUUUCUCGAGUCAAAGUGCGUGACAUGACAAUGAUACCCAAUGGAAACAAAUGA